UUUGGUCUGCUUAAACCCGAAAUCAUUCAUACUGCUACUUACCAUUAUAAACCCUCUACAAUAAUAAUAAUAUGAUGAAGAUGAUGAUGAUCUCCGUCUCCUCAUCUCUCAAUUCCCCUGUUUCCUUCACUCAACGCACACCAUCACGACAAAGCAUCAAGAAUUGGAAGAAGUUGAAGAAGACAUUUGGGAACCAGGCAGUGAAUAUCAACAGUAGGAGAGGAAGAGGAGGUAUAUGUAGAGCUGAGCUUGCACAGGACGUCCCUUUUGCUGCGGCUAUUGGUGCUUGUGUUCUAACGUCGCUUCUGUCUCCGAUUUCUCACACUGAUUCUCUUGGUGGUGAUGAUGAUGGAAAUAGCAGGGGAGCCAUUGAUUCGACAGACGCGAGGUAUGCGGUGAUGGGGAUUAUUAGCUUCAUCCCUUACUUCAAUUGGAUGAGUUGGGUGUUUGCUUGGCUUGACAGUGGUGAACAGCGUUAUCUCGUCUAUGCUGUGGUUUAUUUGGCUCCUUACUUGAGGACAAACCUGUCGCUUUCUCCAGAGGAGAGUUGGCUACCCAUCGCUAGCAUAGUUCUCUGCAUCAUUCAUGUUCAGCUGGAAGCAAGCAUGAGGAAUGGAGAUCUCAAUGGCAUUCAAUUCUUUGGCAAAGCUGUUAAUUUGUUUUCGCCAUCUAUAGGCAGCGAGGAUGAUAAAUUUGAGAGUGACCAAAAAGUUUCCAAUAAGAUAAAGAAUAGGAAGCUGGCAGAUCUACAUUCCACAGAAGAAGACCUAAGAGAUGAAUUAGGUGACUGGGGAACUCCUCGGAAACACAUGCAUGAUCCCCAUCGUGUGAAAGAAUAUUCGGACGUAGAUGAAACCGAAAAUAGAACAGAUUAGUAAGAUAUGCUGAGCAAUUUGUAUCUAUUUGAAGGAUAGGUAAAGACGGGGUUGCAUUCUGUUGUCAUAAAAUAUGGAUUUAUAUACUACAUGCCCUUUUUAUAUAUUUCAUGUCCUUUUUUCGUUUA